GAAUGACUCUACAGUUGCGUCUCGUUGGAACCAUGACAUAGUUUGCUCCACGCCAGACGGAAGGCCCAACCCCUGGUCCAGAAAUCCACGCUUUCCCGCCUGUGCGAUACCUGCAUGCCUUGGUUCUGCCGCCGGAGUACGAGUUUCUCCUCAUCUCCUUGGGUCUGCGUUUCGCUUUCGAACGAUCGCGAGAGUAUGACCGCGGGAGUAAUCAGUAAUAGUGCAUCCUCCGUCUCAAAACGGUGGAACAGACUUCAAGCACGGGCGCGCUCACCGCAAUCCUGGGCUCCUCACCAAGCAUGCGGUUGGCACCAAACAACUUGGCCUUGCCGCAUUCUCCAUCGUGGAGAUCCCAAGGCCGAUGAAUCAAAAGCACCGUUGGAAGCUCGAACCGAACAAAAAUUUCCCAGUUGGAACUUUCGAAAUGUGUCAAGGAUGGUCUUGGAUAAGGGGGACCAAGCGAUAUCCGAGAUGUGGGCCGCAUCCCCUCGCACUCACAGGGGCGUACAGGGUGACGUCUGUUAUGCCCUUUCACAUGGUCUCAGGGAUACCGAAAACACUUAGACUUGCUCGCAAGCGGAAAUCUGAGCGCUUUCCACUUUAUGCAAGUUUUUUCCUUCAUGCUGAUCUCGCUCAGCCGCUGAAAACUUGCAUUACUGAGUACCUUUUUGACUUCGCCACCAAGACGUCGCAAGCUGGUGAUGAGUUCUGAAGCGGGAAAAGAAGUAUGUCGGCCCGCUAUAUGGCCUUCCUGUCUUUCUCAACAAUCAGUUCAAUGUCAAGGCUUUGAACGGUGAUGGGUUACGCCACAGAUAUUUCCCAGAUCAAAGGGGGGCAAUCGAUCAUCACUGAGGUGUUUCUAUUUGCUGGGGCCGUUCCUUUUGUGUACACCAAUGUGUCGCAAUCGAUGAUGCGGGGAAAGGCCGACAAGUGCGUCUUUAUCUGCACCGUUAAUUCCUG